AGGCAGCUGCUGUUUCUGGAGGUUAUUUAUGACUUUGUGUGUUUCCGCCAAAUAUGACCCAAACAAUGUCUGCACGUGUGUCAGUCGCUCAGUGUCCCCUGCUGCGCGUGGGCAAGUACACGUCCACUGUUCACUUCUGCUGGAAAGGAACAUGGAGGCACGCGGCCCACGAAGCUGUCAUGCGCGAGCACGUAAAAAGCCGCCACCAUGCUUUUAAAGUUUGGACAAAAUGAGCUAAAAUACGAAAAAUAUGUAGCCAAUGACAUGACGAGGAGCCUGACGUCAGCAGCCAUCGAUUUUAUUUUAAUAACGUUUCCUGGAGAAGUCACGUGGACAGAAUUUUUAUCAAAAUGUUACGCAACAGAAACACAACUGGGGGCUCCGACCCCUCCCCUCUUUCUGUUCCGUCGCCCUCACCGUGGACAUCACAUUCAGCACGUCCCACACCUCUCGCAUGCGCGCAGCCUCCACUGUUAAGUUGCUGCGCGUGUAACCGGAAAGGGAUAAAGUUUCUUUUAACAUAAAACUCCGUCUAUAUAGUCAUGCGUCCAUCCGUUUUCUGUGCCACUUAGUCCAGUUCAGGACUAAGUCCAGUGCGGGGAAGCUGGAGCCUAUCCCAGGAAUCAGCAGGUACACCUGGACAGGUGUCCAUCUGUCCCAGAUAUGGCAUGAAAAGCCUCCAGCUGAGGAGAAAUCGUGUUCUUCAUUCAUCGGCUCCCUGUUAAAUCCAGGAUAGAAGUGAAGUCCUUCUCUUGACCAGGCUCUCGUAGUUCCAGACAUUCCCAGCAGAGCUUUCUCUCUCAGACUGCUUCAUCUUUUAAAACUUUAAUGUUUUCUGUCUAUCAGCUGAUCUGUUUUCAUGUGGACUUGCAGCCUGUCUGUACUUCCAGCUGAGCAACCUUCCUUCCUACCGGAAGUGUGCAUGCGCACACUGACUGACUUGACUGUACUGUGGUCUGAUAAACCAGCUGAUUAGCACGGACACGGAAUCAGCCCACAGCUGUAGGAACCCAGUUCAGGUCUCGGGGCUGCGAGUCACCGGUAUCUGGCCCAGAAAGCUGACUGAACCGAACUUUUUUCUGGCCACUGGUGAAAUCAGUCACUUUUUCUGAGAGCUUUAAAGUUGUCACCAUUAAAAUGCCUUUUAUCGAGCACGUAUCUUACACAGACGUGGAGCGGAUGGCUUUGGACCGGGUGGUCCCGGCCCUGCUGGCACACGGUUUCUUCUAUGUGGACGGAUUCCUCGGGGAUCUGGCCGGGAGCACCGUGCUGGAUCAGGUGAAGGAGAUGCACCUUUCUGAGAAGCUUCAGAACGGCCGGCUGGCCGGCUCCGUCCCGGGCAUCAACGGGAGGAAGAUCCGCGGCGACAAGAUCGCCUGGGUGAACGGAUCAGAACGAGGCUGCGAGGCGAUCAGCUUCCUGCUCAACCUGAUCGAUAGGCUGAUCUCUGUGUGCGCGAGCCAGCUGGAGAAUAAAGCGAUCCGGGAGAGGUCCCAGGCCAUGGUGGCAUGUUACCCAGGAAACGGGGCGGGUUAUGUCAAACAUGUGGACAACCCAAACUGCGACGGACGCUGCAUCACCUGCAUUUAUUACCUCAACAAGAAGUGGAACCCCAAGGAACACGGUGGUGUCCUCCGGAUCUUUCCAGAAGGAAAACCCUACGUGGCUGACGUCAGCCCAAUAUUCGACAGGCUUCUUGUCUUCUGGUCUGACCGAAGGAACCCACAUGAGGUGCAGCCCUCCUAUGCUACCAGGUACGCCAUCACAGUCUGGUAUUUUGACUCCAAGGAGCGAGCUGAGGCCAAAAGACGCUUCAGAGACCUGGCAGCAUCCACUGCUCAGCAGAGCAGCAGCUCCAGCUGAUCCCAAGGAAACAUCGCCAUCUGCUGUCUGAGAUGGAGAACCGCAGGAUUCCCUUUGUUUCUGAGAAAGAGAAGUGGAAGAAGAAAGUUAGAUUUUUUUCCCAGACUCAGCAGGAGUCAGAAGGGGUGACCACUCUCCCAACAACAAAUUCCCUUUCCUUGGUCAGAUGAGCAGUUUCUGUCCUGGAGAACCAGAUUUGACUGGACUGCUGCUGGAUUUUCUUCUGCUUUUCAGGAUGUUUGUGUUAUAACAUUUUCUACUGAGGCAGAUGUGUCUCUAAGCUUUGCUGCUGAUGAAAGAGAGGAGAUGGAACAGUGGUAAAAGCCACAGAGGUUUAACCAGAGACAUGAUGACAAAUGACGAGUUUCAACAUUUUUAAGGCCUUAAAUCGAUGGGAAACAGGAAUGCUUUGUUACAAGUCAUGAAGGAACACACGUGUGUUUUCUAGAAUAUCCACUAAAGGCAGCACUCAAAACAAGCCUGUAGAAGAACAACUGUUAAUCUGCACCUACAUUUUAUCUGAAUUGUAUUUUAACCCUUUAAUGUCUGAUCCCAGAAACAGUGGAAAGAUUUUUUUACUUUUUAAAAUCUGAAGACUAAUUUUGGCUCAUGGACCAAAUGCAAAAGAAUAAAUAGUUCGGAUAUACGCAUAGAGUAUGUACCAUGUAAUGAGAAUGAGAAACAGAGUAAAAAUAAUUUGAAGGUCAUUUAUACUUUCAUCUUUACAAAUGUUUAUAAUUGUGAAUGUGGUUUAUUUAAUUAGAGAUGGUAUUUAAGUUUACAUUGUCAGUGAGAUGUUUGCUAAUAAAUAGUUCACUGAUCCUGGCUGGAACAGCCAGGUGGAGAGAAGUGGGGCGGGA